AUGGCCAUGAUGAAAGUAAAAUUAUUCAUGACCAUCAUGAAGCCUAUUGUUUUAAUACAUGUUGCUAUUAGUUCCGGCUUAUUUAUAAUGUUGUCAAACUCAUUUUUAAUGCUUUUCUUAGCAAAAGAAUCAUUUACUUACACGAUCGUGAACUUAUUCAAGAUUGGCACUGGGAUUUUUUACAUAUGUUUACAAUUACUACUGUAUUGUCAUUUAUUUGAUAAUAUUAACUUAAAGAGAGAAUUUGUAAACCUUGGAAUCUAUUCUUGCGAUUGGACAAUGAGAAAUUUAAAACUUAAAAAGUUAUUAUUAUUAACUAUGAAAAUUAAUGAUGCUAAUCAAAGAACAAUGAAAGUUUCAAUGAGAAAAAUAGUCAAUUUAAAUCUAUUUGUUAAUGUUUUGACGACAUCAUACAACAUUGUAUCUGUCAUGGUUAGAACAUUGACCAAAUAG